UAACAUUGACAUGUAAUUCAUUUAGUAUUGACUAAGUAAAUUUUAAAUUUGUAUUGUUGACAUACACCACAAUAAUUAAGUAUUUUAUGUAAAGUUUAAUGCCCAUAAUUUGUAAUAAAUUAAGAAGUAAAUAAUGUUUUCAAUGUAUUCCAAAAUUGUUAUAUUGUUUGUAACGUAACUUUGUUAAGCAAAGUAGGGUUAUGUUUGUAAUGUCAUCCGCCAACAUAUAAAUGUCAGUGCCAUCUGUCACUGUCAUUUGUCUUAAAAGAAAAAAGGGCAUGUUGUAGUCUAUGGUUAAAAUAAAUUAUUAACGUCUAUGUCGAGGGCCGCUUGUUCUCUUCCCCGGUAUCCACCAUUGCUGUAAGCUGUUAACAUGUGAGUGUGCAAUAAAAAUAUUAACAACGCCCCAAUAAUCUUUUAUUCAAGAAUCUACAUAACGAAUCCAAAAGACUUGGUGUCCAUUUUUCCCCUUCUUCACCACCGCUCUCGGCGCGGUCAAGCCCACCGGGUGAGACCCAUGUGUGAGGCCCAGUGAGCGACCAGCGAGCAGGCGGUGGACUUGGAUGGGGAGAGAAAUAGGGUCUGUCUGUGCUUGGGUUAGGUUAGGUAAUCUAUGGUUUACCGCCGAGCAGGCCUACGCGAGCCAGCGCCCUGCGCAUGCUCGUGGCCCGCUCAAUUGUGGCGAGGCGAAGUUCCCGGGGAGUUUAGUGGAGUAUUCCCGGCUAUCUCUUUAGCCGGGUGAGUCCCACACACCCCCGCUCACUAGCCCAGUGGGCGGGGACGGUGCUUAAAGGCAUUCUCCCCGUUAAAAAAAAAAAAAGGUAAUCUAUGGUUUAAAAGGAGUCAAGUCGGUCGGGGUUCAUUUUUUUUCCCCCCCUUGCUGUCAUAGUCAAUUUGCUUCUUGUUGUGGGCCCGCUCAUCGUCUUGCGAGCGGGGGCCGUCGUCAUUUUGGUAUGAGCUCCCUCGGGAGCGCUUCGCUUCGGCGAUCCGCUUGAGGGCGUUCGUGGGCUAGCGUGAAUUCACGCAAGUGCGCGUGCGCCGAGUCGUCCGCCCUUCUAAACAGGUUCGUUGUAAUUCUGGAAAUAAAAUCGGUUAGACUUUCUAUUUUAAGGUCUCGUUGUAUAAUUGUAUUUCUCACGUAGCGUUUGUUAUGGUACGCAGAGUGGUGUUCUGUUGCGCGUGCAGUUUUUUUCUGUUUUCAUUCGAAAACAAUGCGUACCAUGUCGGCGCGGCAUACGUGAGAAAGGGCCUUAGAUAUAAUUUAUAUAAGGUGACUUUUAUUUUUAAAGGUAUGUUCCCUCGUAGCCGUAGCAAUGGGCGGAGCAUAGCUCGGGCGGCUUUCAUUUUAUUUAUUGCCUCGGUCAUGUGUGCGCGCAUUGUGAGUCUUGAGUCUAUGGUGACUCCGAGGUAUUUUGACUUGUUUGUCCAGGGGACUUUCUCACCCUGGAUUUCUAUUUGAGGCGGGUUACGUACACGUGUGCCUACUACCAUCGCCUGCGUCUUUGCUAUGUUCAUCCUCAUCCUCCAUUUGUCAUGCCACGGUAUUAGGGCCUCCAAUGUCGGCUUGAGUUUAAGUGCUGCGUGUUGGGGACGGAUGGAUGAAGCUAUAUACGCGUUAUCGUCCGCGUACAGUGCAAGUUUUGUUCCGUUUAGCGCCGGCGCGUCAUUCGUAUAGACGGAGUAUAGGGUCGGGGAGAGGCAGCUUCCCUGUGGUACCCCCGCGCGUACUACACCAAAUGAUGAAUUUUGGCCUUCAACUGCUACACAGAAACUGUGGUUUUCUAAAUAUGAUGCUAUGAUCUUGAGGAUGCGUAUCGGUGUUGUUUUUCAUAAGGGGAUACCCUUAUUUUUGUUUUUGUCGUUUUUUAUAGAUAUAGAUUAUUGAAUUUUUUUUGGAUUUUGUAUGUUUCUUUUAUUUAAUAAAUAAAUAUCAAAUAGUUUUCUUUAAGAAAGUUAUGAUCACCUGCCUCAUAGAGCCACGGAGACCAUGGAACAUGGGUGACAAAUGGCCUCGGUUGUGUGUUUCUCACUGGGCCAGUUUAUUUAAUUUUCAUAACAGUGAUACUUAAAACGUUCCGUACCUAUAAUGCGAUUCAAAUAAGAAUAGGAACGCCAAUGACCUCCAUCUGUCAAAUAUCGCAUGAAAAGUACGGUUUGCAAAAAAACUCGGAACACUUUUUUAGCACUCAGCUUAUUCUAAGAUUAUAAACCAAAAAUUUUUAAAUAAAAAAUAACAAAUAUUGAUAAUUAAUAUUGAUUGAUAUUUUUUUUUUCAUUUAUUAAGCUUUGGUUAUGGAUGGUUGAUAACCUAAAUCGUCAACCAAAUGACACAUUUUUGUUGCGUUCAGAAACACGAUUUAAAAUUUUCGUUUACAUAUAGGAUGCAUGUUCGUAUGUGACCUGCAUGAUUAUUCAUAACUACUCCGGCGGUAAUGCAGAGAUGAGCGUCAUUGAAGAGCUGAUGUUUUUCUCACUUAAUCUUAGUAAAUAAGUUUUAUUAAAUAGAAACUUUUUUUGCUCACUCUACCUAUUUGGUUUGAAUUGACAGCAAUGUCGUCAAAAUAUGACUACCUCACAGAAGCUUAUCGGCACAGCCAAGUAACAUUAGAAUGAAUCACACCAACAUUCUAACAUAAAAAAAGAAAAUUAAAAUAACUUAAGACUUGGCUGUAUGGGUAUUGUUCCCUUUGCCUUCCCUGAAAAGAGCGAAUCUUAAAAAAAACUCUGUCUAAUUAAUUUUAACCUAAAAUCGAUUAGUUGUCAACACAACGUGUUGUAAAAUUUGUAAUAAAAAAUAUUUUAAAAAGUAAUGCUUUUUAAAUUUCUUUAAAUAUGGGAAAGAAAACAAAAGUAGGAAAACAACGAAAAGACAAAUACUAUCAACUAGCAAAGGAAACUGGCUAUCGUUCGAGAGCAGCAUUUAAAUUAAUUCAACUUAAUAGAAAAUUUGGAUUUUUACAAAAGUCACGAGUAUGUAUCGAUCUAUGUGCUGCUCCUGGUGGGUGGAUGCAGGUGGCUCACCAGAACAUGCCCCUUUCUAGUAUCGUUAUUGGCGUUGAUUUGUUUCCAAUAAAACCGGUCCCGGGUUGUAUAGGACUCACUGAAGAUAUCACCACAGAGAAGUGUAAGACAGCCAUAAAAAAAGAAAUCAAAACAUGGAAAGCUGAUGUAGUCCUUCAUGAUGGAGCUCCUAACGUUGGCCUUAAUUGGCUUCAUGACGCGUACCAACAAGCUUGUCUUACAUUGAGUGCAUUAAAGCUUUCAACAAAUUUUUUGAGAGAGGGUGGCUGGUUUGUUACGAAGGUUUUCAGAUCUAAAGAUUAUCAUGCAUUAUUAUGGGUUUUAAAACAAUUUUUCAAGAAAGUACAUGCUACCAAACCUCAAGCUUCCCGAAACGAGUCUUCAGAAAUAUUUGUGGUGUGUCAGGGUUACAUAGCACCUGAUUCCAUUGACCCUAAGUUUCUAGAUCCUAAAUAUGUAUUUGAAGAUUUAGAAUUAGCACAAAAAUCGCACACCAACAUACUGCACCCUGAAAAACAGAAAAAAGCAAAAGCUGAAGGUUAUAAAGAAAAUGAUUACACUACACAUCAUAAAGUACUGUUCUCUCAAUUUCUAAGUGCAGAUGAUCCUAUUGAUCUUCUUCAGGGAUGUUCAGAGAUAGUUAUUGAUGAUAAAUCAGUUGAAGAGCAUCCUAAAACUACUGAAGAAAUUAAACUAUGUUGUAAGGAUAUUAAAGUUCUAGGCAGAAAAGACUUAAAGGCAUUGUUGAGCUGGUUUAAACACAUGAAAGAAUGGAAACACCCAAAGGAUCUUAAUAAAGAGCAAGAAAAAAUUGGUGAUGAAAAAGAAGUCCAAUCAACCACUGAGGAGCAAAAUGAAGAUGAAGAAGAGGAUGUUGAUGAUAAAAUUGCUGAGCUUCAGGAUGAAGAGCGGCGUCUAACUAAACGCAAAAGAAAACAAUUGAACAAACAAAGACAAAAAUUGGCUGAGAAAAUGAAUCUAAAGAUGGUCUUGAAAGGUGAUGGUGGUCCUAUAAUGGAAAGCAAUGACAUGUUUCAAUUGUCUUCUAUAAAAAGUGCUCAGGAAUUGUCUCGUUUGAUUGAUCAACCACCUGACAUGGUUGUUGAUGCAAGUGAUAAUGAGUCGGAUGAUGAACUCAAAAUAAAACAGAAAUAUGUUAAGUAUGAUGUGGAGGCUUCUAAAUUGGACUCUUCGUGCCUUUAUUAUAAGGAUUCUGAUAGUGACCUGGAAAUGGAAUCUGACUCAGAUGAUGAAAAGGAAAAAGAUUCUUUGGCAUUUUCAGAUUCUGAAAAUGAAAGCAAAAAAAUUGAUAAACUUACCAAAAGAAACACAAUGAAAAACAGUAAGAAAGAUAAAAUUACAUCUAUACCCAAAAACAAUCCCUUGUUAACGGACCUCGACAAUACUGAUCCAGUGUCUAGGAGGUCUAUGAAAGCAGAACUGUGGUUCCAGAAAGAUUGUUUCAAAAAUAUUGAUGAAGAGGAUGAUGAAGGGGUGGAUUUGGACAAAAUUGCUAAAAGUUUUAAAGAAAAAGGAAAAAAGGUCAGUGAAGAAAUAGAGAAAUCAGAACAAAAGCAAACACAACUUGGUUCAAAAAGAAAAUUAACUGAUAUAGAGAGCUCAGAUGAUAACUCUUCAGAUAGUGACUAUGAUGUGGAGGACACAGUUGCACCAGGUAUACAGAAAGUCGGUGCUAAAAGUGAAAAGAAAGAUGAUUUUGAAGUUGUCUCUCAAGAUCUAGAUUUAAAAAGGUUGAAAAAAUCCCUUAAAAUGGAUGCCGAAACCUUGGCUCUUGGGACUAUGAUAGCUACAUCCAAAAAGUUUAAACGGGAUCUGAUUGACGAUGGUUGGAAUCGAUAUGCGUUCAACGAUAAGAACUUGCCUGAUUGGUUUGUGGAAGAUGAGAAGAAACACAUGAAGAGACCAGUUGCCAUACCAGAAAAAUAUACAGAAGAGUAUGAAAAGAGGCUUCAAGACAUUAACGUGAGACCGAUCAAGAAAGUCAUUGAAGCUAAGGCUAGGAAGAAGAAGCGCAUGAUUAAGAAAAUGGAGCGUGCUAAAAAGAAGGUCGAAUCAGUAAUGGAAAACGCAGAUAUGUCUGAACGAGAAAAAGCUCAGCAAGUGAGACAAUUGUACAAAAAGGCUCAGAGUGAUGGCAAGAAGAAAGUUACUUAUGUUGUUGCCAAAAAACACAGCACGGGAAAGCGUAUUAAGAGACCAAGCGGUGUUAAGGGACAAUACAAGGUGGUUGACCCUCGCAUGAAAAAGGAUAUGCGUGCACAGAAGGCCAAGGAGAAAACCAAAGGGCGCGGCAAGAAAGCAAAGUUUAAUAAAAGUAAACCUGGCAAAACACCAAAAGUCAGUAAAAAGAAAGGAUCUAAAGCUAAAUAAAUGUGUAUAAAUGAGUAUAUAUUUAUAUUGAAAAUAAUGUAAUAAAUACACUUGUUGGCCUAAAUGUAUUUUAAAAAUUAUGAUUCCUUGAUUAGCUAAAGUUUUUUUUUAUUUCCCC